CUAACAUUUCUCUUCCGUAUUAUUUAUCAUCAGGAUAUUACACUCUAUACGUGAAAUUUGCCGGACUUUUAGGUGAAGAUGGAGGCUUUAGAACUUACAUAAAUGAACUAAAUGAAAGAAUGUGGUUAGUCGCAACGCAUUAUCACACAUUUGCCCGAAGAUUAUUUCCACUUUUGAAGGAUACUAUAUUUGCUAGUUAUAACAUUUCCAUAAAGCACCAUAAAAACUACACUGCUUUAUCAAAUAUGCCCGUGCAGGAAAUAAAUACGGAUGAUAAUGAUAUGCAAUGGACACGUUUCAAAACUGCUCCUAUAAUGCCCGUUUAUUUCAUAGUAGCAAAUGUGAUUCGCGGUUUUAUUUUAGACACAAAACAAAACGCAAAAUUGUGGUGCAGAUCAAGCUUGAUCCCUCAUGUACAAUUUGCAUAUUCAGUGGCUCUUAAAGUUACGCUGUUCUUAGAAGACAAAUUUCCAUCGUACAUCAAGAAAACUCUGGAAGUAAAUCAUGUCGCGAUUCCAUUCCAAUUGUCAGAUGAAGAAGACAUAAAAUUGGGAAUCGUUCUUUAUAGAGAAGCAGAUAUUAUCUUUAAUCAAGAAAUAGAUGAUGAGAUACGCAAAUUUGAAAUAACGCAAGUAGUAGCAUAUAAGGUGAUAUACGAGUGGCUUUAUGAUGCAAUCGAUCCAUCUAAAAAGUUAGACUUUUGGUUAAGCAAAGGUUUUGCUACGUUCCUUGGAAAUUAUGUCGCUAAUAAGAUAUUUCGGCAUUUUCGAAUACACGAUUUCUCUUUGGUUCAAAUGCAACAGGCUGUUCUUCAUUGGAGCACCAAGGAUACAUGGCCACUCACAACUGAGUCAGGAUUAAAUAGUUCUUUUGAAAUUCCCCGUUACAUCAAGGCAAGCAUUAUGUUCCGCUUAUUGCAAAUUAUAUUCACCGAAGGGUUGUUUAAGUUUGAUAUGAGGUGGUAUAUACGAAAUCCCUAUAUAAGCAGUAAUUUUUCUUCCAUUAUGCAAUCUGUCCUGGAUGUAUCUAUUCAAAGUAUAUACAAUUUAGAAGAUAAAAUAAUUAAUUGGACACAGCUAAAUCAUUAUCCUGUGAUAAAUAUAAAAAGAACUUAUAAUACUAACUGGUUAAAUGUAUCGAUAGAAAAUUCUACAAAUAUGUGGAUAUUUGUGAACAUUACUACGCAGUCACAUUCUAAUUUGAAUAAAACUUUGCCUAAAGUGUGGCUAUUACCACAUAAACCGUACCAAUUACAAACUAUAGAUUUUAUAGACAAGAAUGAUUGGGUAUUGGCGAAUAUACAAAGUGGAUGCUAUCGCGUUAAUUAUGAUGCCGAGAAUUGGAGUAGACUUUCGAAAUACCUGAACUUCAACGCCUUUGACAAUAUACAUGUACUCGAUCGUGCUAAAAUCAUCGACGAUACAUUUCAUUUUUUGAUGACGGGCCGACUGAACUCUACUGUAUUCUUGGAUAUUUCACAUUACCUAUGUCGAGAUGCAGAUUAUAUCGCAUGGUAUCCUAUGUUCAAAAACUUGGAAUAUAUGUCGAAUUUUUUUGUAUUUCCAGAAAGCGCACUUAUAAAGACGGAAAUAAUGCAAUCAUUGAAGGAAAUUUUAUCAAAAAUAGGAUAUCCCAAUUUUAAAUCUCAUAGAAUCACUGAUAAAGACGUUUUCACUAAAUAUUUGAGGCAAGAGCUUGUAAGAUGGUUAUGUAUUAUAGGUGAUUAUCAUUGUUUGUCAACAGCUAAUAAAGACUUAAGAUGGUAUCUCUUCUAUCGUCACUCAUCUUUCAAUCGUAACGAAUCUUUACAAUACAAAAUUUGGACGGAAUGGAAAGAAUGGACAUUCUGCAAUGGUUUGAUGAUGGCGAGUAACGAUACUUGGAUGAAAGUGUUUCAUAUGUAUUCGAGGAAAUUAGAUUCUAGUGUUUUAAAAUUUUUAGCUUGUUCCAAUAAUUCUUCAAUCAUUCUGCAAUAUAUGUAUUUAAUGGCUAAUAUGACAAAUGUAACAGCUAUCGAUCACAUAAACAGUUUUUGUACUAUUGUUGGGAGGCAUGCAAAUAAUAAUUUAGUUGAUUUCAUUUUAGACGAUUUGGAAAAAGUAAAACCUAAGGAAAUCAGUUUUAUUACAGCACUAACUAUUAUCAUUAAUCAUAUAUAUUCUGAAAAACAACUUAAGAAGGUAUUUAAAUUCUUGAAUCUUAAAGAAAAUAUGAAGAAUAUAAUAAUGGAUGUAAAUCGCAAGCUAGCACUACGUUGGUGUCAAAUAGGGGCUCAACUGUACCAAUAUCGAUAUCUUAUAAAAGAUUUCGAUGAUAUUUUUAGAGUAUAUUAAUCGCGGAUUAAUCAGUUAAACCAGGAAAAGAUAGCGAAAUAGUAUGAAGUACAACGUGCUGGUAGAUGUAACUUUAUUGUAUUCUACUUGAGAAAGAAGUAUGUAAUAUGAUAUAUUGAAUAAGUGUCCUAAAUAAUCGUUACAACAGAAGUAACAGAAUGAUAUCGAUUGAAUAAUGUAAAAGGUAGUGAACUACACCUGUAACGCAAUAUAUAAAAAAGAGGCAU